AAGAGCAUUGGGCAUGCAGCAUGAGGCCAAGAAAAUUUGUGCGCACAUGAUCACAUCUAUAUUCUACCGCAUUUAUUUCAUAUUGUGCCACAAUCUUAUUUAAGUAAAUUAACUAUCUGCGAUAUGCUAUGGCACGGCCAGAGUUUGGUAGAACUCAGGAUAUCCCUUUGAUGAAAAAGGAGGAAUUAAAUAGCACAUCAGAUAAUUACGAUUUUUCCUCUCUGUCAACAACUACACCAUCCUGCGAUAAUCAUAAAGCAACAGAGGGAGAUGAAGUCCCCCAUUCUUUGACUGAUAUGUAUUCAACGUCUGUAAUGUUAAAAGGUAGUAAGUGUGUUAAUUGGACAACUGCACUUGCACCAAGUGCCCAGCGCCUGGAGACUGAUUGUUAUGAAUUAGUUUCACCCAAAAAAGUGAUAGUAAUCCCAAAACGUCGAGGGAGGUCACAGUCAAGUAGUCCAAAUGGGAAGAGCUGCGAUCGUCCUUUGGCUGAUAGUUCAAAUGAUCCUAAUAAAAGAAUUAAACCAGAUUCAUCACCUAUAGUAACAAGUCCAAACAUAUUUUCAGAUGGAGCUUUCGACUUUACAACGUGCGAUCAGUGUUCGGAGCUACGGUCUAAAUCAUUAGAUUCCUGGAUAGACCAUUUAGGUGAAUAUCAUCCUGUACCAAUUCACUGGCCAAGUUCACGAGCUGCAGAUUUGUGUCAAACGGAAAAGAGAUACCCUUACACCACCGUCGUCGGUUCGAACAAGAAACGUAAAGCCACUGCAAUCCCUAGACCAUUGAACAGUUUUAUGAUUUUCGCACAAUACCUACGUAGACUCAUAUUACAUUGGUUUCCUAAUGCACCUAAUGUGCAUAUAAGCCAACGAGUGGGACAGUUAUGGAAACAAUUAGAUACAAAAAUGCGUAACAAAUACAUUGAUGAAGCCUCUCGUUUACAACGGUUGCAUGCUAUAGAAUUUCCUGCUUAUAAAUAUCGACCCAGAAAGCGUACACGAAGUGGGAAUAGUAUUGUCAUUAACAAUAAUAAUAAUAACAAUAAUAAUAAAAAUGAUGAACUGAUUUCCAAAUCGAAUGUAAUAUCCGCCAAGUCAAAGUCUAGGAGACUCAAUAAUGAUGAGAAUUCAAACUGCAAUCUGAAAAAUUCACUUCAUCAAGAUUAUGAUGAAAAUCGUAACUGCCAUCAUGCACAAUCACCAGUUCAAAAACCUGAAAAAGUCACCGUCAAUCCAGUUGUCUGCAAUCGAGACUAUUCUCAGUCAUGUUUACAGCUGAACAAUAGAUUGAAUAUUGAAUUAAAACAACCAGUAGAAGUAGGUUGUAUCAAUAAUCAAUAUGAUACACGAGGAUUCCUGUCCUCUAAUUUGAAAGACAAUUUUAUUUUCAAAGAAAAUAAAGAGGUUGACGAAACAAUGACAUUGUUAGUUUCUGGUGGUGGGAACACUGAACACGGAAGAACUUAUCGGUUACAUAAAAUUAUUCCAUGUCGUUCUGUUGAUAGAAUAAGUGAAUCCUACAUUUCUCCUACUCCAGUGAAUCCUGGAAGUCAAAUUAAAGAAAUAAGGAUUGUAAAUAUGCAGUCUCAAACCGUCCAACAACUCUUAAAUAGACAACCAAUCCUGUGUCAUACUAUUGUAUAUGAACCUCUUAAAGCAACCAUUGUCAGACCUACUGUUGUCCCGAUCAAAACAGACACUGCAAUAUCAAAUAAUUUAUUACUUGAUACAAAUGUAAAUAAUUUAAACUUCCGACCAGUAACAACACAGUCGACCAUCACUACCACUUCCUUAUCUCCAAACUCAUCUUCUACAGUUGAAUUCGACUACAAUAUGCCCCACUCUAAUUCUACAUCAGAAGUUGAUUUUGAAAAUAUUGAUUCUCAGUUUACUGGUUUAGCAAAUGUAAACAAUAAUAAUAAUACUAAUACUGCAAAUUAUUCAGGGGAAAGGCUGACCACAAAACAGCCUGGACUGAGUAGUUAUGGAUCCAUCAAUCAAGAAGUUGUCAUAAGUGAUGGUAAUAUUAGUAGUAAGAAGAUAUUUAUUGUUAAGAGUAAUACUGGUCUAUGUGGAUUCGAUGAAGUCGACGGAAAAUCUUUUACGCCUGAAUCCCAUUGUCAACGAAAUAUUGGUUCAUUUUCAGGCAGUACAAAGUUUAAACGUGAAAACGAUGAUGUUGAUACAACACUUAGUUUCAAUGACAUUGAUACAUACAAGUCAGGCGCUUCUCUUGAUGAUUUAGAAGAGAUAACCUUGUUCCCUUGUGAAGCUGCUAGUGAUGGUUUUCAGGCAACGGAUGUUCCAACUGAUUUCAGUGAGAAUCCUUCCUCCUUUUCAAAGUUAAAUAAUAUAUCCAAUUAUGAACAAGUGCCAUCACCAUUAUAUACAGAUACAACUACAUGUACGAAUACCUUAACACAGAUUAACAGUUUACCGAGUAUUGAAUCCUGGACGUUUGGAACAUCAAAAUCAUUCUGACAUAAGUGGAAGUUUGUCUUUCUUUUACAAAUGUUCCCUUUUGAUUAUUGGGAAAGUGAAAUCUUUUAAAUUAACACUUAUUUUAUACAAUGCUAUUUAAUGACAAAGACAAUUUUUCUAUUUGUAUAAUUUAAUAUUUUUACAAAAAUGUUUUUAAAAUGGAUAUGAAAGUGUGAGGAGAAUGAGGGGAAAGGUAUUUUUCCAGCUCAUUUAUUUUACACUUUGGCGUCACUAUAAACAUAAUGAUUUUCCCUCUAAAGCGAUAUGACAUCCAUUUUGCCUUUCUUACUUUUUUAAUCUGAUAUGAAUUUAUAAUUUUUCUAUAUUUUUCUUGCUAUCUGUCAGCCGGUGGAUAGGUCAUAUAUAAUAUGC